AUGUUGGAUACCUUUGAGAUCCUUACUACCUCUGGAGUUGUACUCUGGUCGAAACAAUUUUCCCCCGUCAGCCCUGCGGUUAUUAACAGCCUUAUUACGAAUGUCUUCAUCGAAGAACGUACCUUACCUGGCGCCGGAGUUGCAGAUGAUGUUUCGGCUGCGAGAAAUCCUCCUUUUAAACACGAUCAACACACUUUAAAAUGGACGACAUGCAAGGAAUUAGGCUUGAUAUUCGUGGUUGUGUACCGGUCAUUGUUACAUCUCUCAUGGAUUGACAAACUGGUGGAUAACGUUAAAACGAUUUUCGUGGACCUAUAUGGCGAUCAAUUGAAAAAACCGCAUACAACUGUUGUUGAAUGUCCUUUUGAUGAAUAUUUCGACCAACAAGUGCGAGAAUUGGAGAAGAACGCUUUAAAUCAGGAUGCUAGAGUUGCAGAGGCUUCCGCUUUUGAAGAAACUAUUCCCCUGGUUUCUACAACCUCAGAUGAUGAGGCACCACCAUUGCCCGGAUCACUCUCGAGAGGACAGUCUAAGAAUAAUGUUAAAGACCUCCCUUCGCCCGAAUUGACCCCUCUUGGAACACCCAAUUCACGGCCGAGUACACCUGCGAGCCAUAUAUUGAGCGCGAAAGCAGGACCCGGUGGAAAGGUUUCUCGAAGGGCUAGAAAAGCUGCCCAAACCCCUACGUAUGCUUCAUCCGGGGACGAAUCCCACAAGAAGAUUAGAAACGCGAAGGCUAGGCUAAAGAAGGGAAGGAAGUGGGAUGCAGAAGGAAUGGUAGAUGAGGAUAGUGAUACCCCACUCGACUAUUCUGCACCUGCAAAUGGAGCAACUUCAGGGGAAGAUGAGGGUCGUCCGGGUGCCGUGGAAGGAGUCGAACAAACCUCUUGGGGCUCGAAGACUGGGAAGGGGCAAUUCGUAUUGAAGGAUCUUGAAGAUGAGGUCCACUCAAUCCUAGAUUCCGCAAAUGCCAAAAAAGCUGUAUCCACGACUUCACCAACUAGUCUAGUAGGAUCUAGCUUCAGUGCUAUCGGAGGGUUAUUCAGGAAUGUCGUCGGGGGAAAGACUUUGACCAAGGAAGAUUUGGAUAAAGCCAUGAAGGGAAUGGAGGACCACCUUUUACGGAAAAAUGUUGCUCGUGAAGCGGCAAUGAGAUUAUGCGAAGGUGUAGAGCGGGAAUUAAUAGGGGUAAAGACCGGAAGCUUUGAGAGCGUCCAAGCAAGAAUUGCGACAGCUAUGGAAUCAUCACUAAGGAAAAUCCUUACACCUACAUCGUCUCUUGAUCUUCUUCGAGAAAUUGACGCCGUUGUCUCACCUCCAGCUUUAUCAUUGAAGAAAAAGAGACCAUACGUCAUGUCUAUUGUCGGAGUCAAUGGUGUCGGCAAAUCCACAAAUCUUUCGAAGAUUUGUUACUUCCUUUUGCAAAACAAGUACAAGGUCCUUGUUGUAGCUUGUGAUACCUUCAGAUCUGGAGCUGUGGAACAAUUGGCCGUACACGUACGAAAUUUAAAAGAGCUCACCGCGAGAGAAGGUGGCCAGGUAGAACUCUACCAAAAGGGAUACGGAAAAGAUGCCGCAAACGUAGCUAAGGAUUCAGUCUCAUUCGCCGCCCAAGAAGGCUACGACGUAGUUUUAAUCGACACAGCCGGUCGUCGCCAUAACGAUCAACGCCUCAUGUCCUCGCUUGAAAAAUUCGCCAAAUUCGCUCAACCAGAUAAAAUCCUCAUGGUAGGCGAGGCACUCGUAGGCACAGAUUCAGUGGCGCAAGCGCGAAACUUUAACGCAGCCUUUGGACAAGGGAGAUCGCUGGAUGGUUUCAUCAUUAGUAAAUGUGAUACUGUGGGAGAUAUGGUUGGGACCUUGGUUAGUAUGGUUCAUGCUACGAAUGUCCCGGUGCUGUUUGUAGGUGUUGGUCAACAUUAUAGUGACUUGAGGAACUUGAGUGUUAAGUGGGCGGUGGAGAAAUUGAUGGCGGGAAAUUAG